AUGUCACAAAAUUCAGGACCGUUUCUUGUUUCUUCACAUGGACCACCAGGUUUUCAUCCACGAUUACCAUUAUCAUCAUCAACACCAGCAUUAAAACGUACAAGUAAUGGUCCAUUAUCAAUUGGUAAUCCACCAAAUACAUCUAUCAAUACAAAUAUGAAUGUUUCAACAUCAUCUCCAUUAAUGCGUUCAAGUAAUUCAAUGGGAACUUUAAAAUCAACAAAUAUUAAUAUGAAUCCAUUGGAUAAAUCAAAUACAAUGCCUUAUUCAUCUCGUUAUACACGUAAACCUUGGCCAAUGUCACGUAAUAUUCAUGAGAAAAAUAUUCGUGGAUAUGAUGAACAUGAACUUCCAUAUAAUCGUCCUGGUUUACCAAGUCAUAAUGUUCCACCACCACCACCACCACCAUCAUCAUCAUCUGAUAAUAUUAAUAAUUCAUCAUUUACAAUUGAACCAGCAACAGAUGAUGAUGAAGGUGAUGAUAUUAUUUUUUCUUCACGUCAUAUGGCUGCUGCACGUUUUCAACGUAAUCAACGUUUAUUAUGUGAAAUAUUUAAUGAAGUAUGUAUACCUGAUUUACGAUCAAAUAUAAAUGUUGAUCGUAUAUUAACAUUACGUCGACAAGUUGAUGCACUUAAAACACAUCGUGAAACAUUUGAAAAAGAUUUAAAUGAAUUAGAAGAAAAACAUGUAGAAAAAAAACGAAAAUUUUUAGAAACUAGUGAAAAAUUUUAUCAUGAAUAUAAUGAUGCAUCAUCAACAAAUUUAAGUCAAGAAAAAAUUAAUGAAAUUUUACAAAAAUAUGAAGCAAUAGAAAAAUUACAAAAAGAAAAACAAUUAAUUUUACAACAACAACAACAACAACAGCAACAACAACAAGUUGUUGCAACACCACCACCACCACCCCAACCUCAACCCCAACCCCCACCACCACUUCCAACAACAGUAUCUCAACCAAUAGCACCUCCAGUUAUGAAAACUGAACCUGUACCAAUCGUUGAAGUUCCACAACAACAAACACCCACACCUCCACCACCUCCUGUUCAAAUUCAAUUACCUCCUUCACAACCUGUUCCACCAUCAUUACCACCUAUUCAACCUGCACCACCUUCAUUACCACCAGCUCAACAUUUACCACCUUCAUUACCACCUGUUCAGUCUGUACCAUCGGCAUUACCACCUCCUCAAUCUAUACCAAGCCAAUUACCACCAUCUCAACCAUUACCUAGUCAAUUACCCUCAUCACAACCUGUUCAAUCUCAAAUACCAUCUUCUCAACCUGUACAACCUCAAUUACCCCUACCACCACAACCUUCUGUUAUGCCACAAGUACCGCCACCACCACAGCUACAACAACAACAACCAACAACAGCACCUCAAGGUUAUCCAAUGAUGCAUUCAGUAGGUGGUUAUCCACCAGUUCCUGGUUAUGUUCAUGCUCAACAAUCUCAAUAUCGACCACCAAUGAAUCAACGAUCAGCACCGUAUCCAUCGAAUGUUCAAUGGCAACAACAACAGCAACAACAACAACAACAAUGGCAAGCAAAUGCAUACGAUUCUCGUUAUUACAAUCCAUAUCCACCUAAUGUUCAAUGGCAACAACAACAAUGGCCACCAGCUCAACCUCCACAAUCGAUGGGUAUUGUAUCACAACAACCACCAUCACAAAUGCGUGGUCCUCCUCAUCAACAACAACCACCACCACCACAAAUGUAUGCUAAUGGUGUUCAUUAUGGAUAUGGUGGUACAAAUGCUGGAUGGAAUCCUAAUGCACAUCCAUCACAACAAUAUGGUUAUCCACAAAAUCCAUCUUAUGAUCCAACACUUGUAUCAGCACCACAACAACAAUAUUAUCCACCACAAAUGCAUAAUCCUCCACAAGGUUAUGAUUAUGGUCCACCACCACCACCAUCUCAACAACAACUACCACCUCAAUAA